AUGACACCGACUGUUCAUUUAUGGGGGCUUGAUGAGAAGCCGAGUGUUGUCUCUCCUGAAAGUGUUGCUAUAUACUGGCUUUUGAACAGUAAAUUGUGCGGGAAAGAAGCAUGUGUAGUAUUUUCAAACAAUACAGAUCUUUCUCCAAAUCAAGAGUUACCUGUUCUAAUUGAAGGAAAUCAAACGAUACAUGGCUUUGCAAACAUUGCAGAAUACCUUUUUCCCCAGGAAUCUGCUCUCGAAAUGGCUCUUUUACAAUUCGCACAAACAAAAAUCAACACGUUGACACAGUAUCAAUUGUAUCUAAAUAAGAACAAUUACGACCGAUUCACGAGAAAAGUGUUUUCAUAUUUAUUACAUUGGCCAAUGUGGUACAACACACCGAUUAAAUACAGGGCACUCGCUAGAAAGCGCUGCGAAACAUUGGGAUACCUAAGUCAUGAGGAUGAUGAAGAAGAACAUUCUGUGGAAUACGAUGACUUGGUUCAGUCAAAAGCUAUUAAAGUUACACAAAAUUCAAAAGUGGAGAAUAAAGAGCUUCUCAAAUCUACUCGUUACAACAUGCAAUUUUUGAAUAGACUCGGGGAACAAUUAAAAUGGUGGUUAGAAGCAAGAAAGAAAGUACCAAAGGAUAAAAUUCCGGCAGAUUAUCUAUUAUGGGCUAACUUGUUCGUUCAGCAGGAAUUGCCCGAUGGUAGAGUAGUGAGAGAAUUUUUGGAGCAAAAUCUUGGUUCUGAUGCGUACCGCAACAUCCAGGAACACCUACACGAAUGCACACAAUUAGAAUCUGUAGUGGCCAUAAGGCAGCCGACGUUCACAGAAAGCGGAAAUAUUGUAACUUCUGUUUAUCGACAGGCAAUCAGAUAUGUUUAA